UUGGUCUUGCAAAUACUUUCGACAUUUUCAUGUAAAAGUAGAGAAUAUAAAAACAAUAAUAAGAAAAAUAUUACUCGAGUCAGCAAAACAUGUCGUUUCAUUUAAGUACUAAAGAGCGAUUAUUGCUGCUAAUUGAUGAUAUUGAAAUGAUAUCUAAGGAACUAAUAGAACAAGCGCAUCAAAAAAUAUCCAGCACCGAAUUGGCGGAUUUGCUCGACUUGUUGGUUUCCAAAGAUGAGGAGUUUAGAAAAAUGUUGGAGUUGGCAGAGGAGCAGGCUAAAGUGGAGGAAGCAAUGGACAAAUUGCGUGCUAAAGUCGAAAUACAUGAUCGUGAAAUACAAAAACUACAAAAAUCACUGAAAGACGCAGAGCUUAUACUCUCCACAGCCAUAUUUCAGGCACGCCAAAAGCUGGCUAGCAUUAAUCAGGCCAAUAAGCGCCCGGUGUCAUCUGAGGAACUCAUAAAAUACGCACACCGCAUUAGUUCAGCAAAUGCAGUGAGCGCUCCAUUGACUUGGUGCAUUGGGGAUCUUCGAAGGCCAUAUCCUACAGACAUUGAAAUGCGGAAUGGACUCUUGGGUAAAUCUGAACAGAACAUAAACGGCGGACUUGUCACGCAUCAAAAUAGCGCUAUUCAGUCAGAUGCCCAGCGCAAUUUGAGCGGUACUGGAGGCAGCAGCGCGGGCAGUGGAAACGAAGUACCAAACGCAUUCCAAAAUCAAUUCAGUUGGAAUCUUGGUGAACUGCAUAUGAUGGGAGCAUCUGGCAACUCUGUUGCUCUAGAAACACGUGCACACAAAGAAUCUUCAGCUCAGGAUGAUGUUGAGGUCAUGUCCACAGACAGCUCAAGUUCUAGUUCAAGUGAUUCGCAAUAGAUGCACAAAUAGUAAUAGUGUAGCAAUUAAGAUAGUUUUAUAUAUAUAUACGUAAUAUUAAAAAACAAAAAUAUUUAUAUAUGUAAAU